UUUUAAUUCUCACAGAAUUAAGUUAUUUUAUACAUGUACAUAUAGAGGCUGCAACAUGGGCUAGAACACUUUCUUCUUCUUAUCUCCACAGAUUUUCUGGUCUCUUGUUGGCUAUUUUAGAAUCCGAAAAUAAGGCGAAAUAAGGCGGCUUCUUAACAAACUUUUCAAAUAAUGGGCUAAAAUAUAGUCAAAAAAAAAUUUCCCCUUUAAAUUAAAAAGAGUGUGCAGCAAAAAUAUCACAUCACUCUUUAAUUAUUUUCCUUCAUUGGGAGUAUCGUACUAGCAUUAUGAAGACAACUUUUGGUUUCUCUCUUUUGUUCUUGCUGAUGACGACAACAGUUUUGAUUUGCUCUUUGUCCUGUGUCAAUGGAGGAAUGUCCUCGACAUGGCAAGAGAAAAAUGAAUUGUCAUUGACCAUCAAAAGCAGAAAGCUGCAGUCCAAUUUGCAGGACAAUGGUUAUGGACCAAGCACUGUUGAUGAGGGUGAAGCAGGGAAAAUAAAUCUUGAAGAUUAUCGUCACCCUAUGGAUCCAGUUCCAAGCUCAAAAGCCUCAGUAAGACCUGGACCUAUAGAGCAUGGUACUCCUCUUAUGCCUUAUAUUCCCAAACAACCUCCACCUCCUCCUCCUCCGACUCGCUCCAAGCCGGUGGUUGGGUUUCCAUAGGGACGAGAGUGUUCAUCAACUGGAUGGAUCUAUCUGCUUUGAGGUGGUGAGACAAUAAGGUGUAGCGCGCAGUUUGGUCAGCGCAUCUGUUGCAAUCGUUGUAAUAAUUUCAAAAGAACAAUGUGUCUUUUAUUUGCUUUUCUUGUAAAUUUCAAUUGGAGCCUUGAGUAUUAGAGCUUCGUAUUUGUACGUGAUCUGACCGGUAGUAUUUGCUUAAAAAUAAGUUGUUUUCAUUUGA